GUAGUAGGCGGGGCCGGACGUCAACCCGGAAGCCGUUACUGCGGUCGCCCCGAUUUGCCUGGCACUUUGACACCGCAGCACCCCGCAGAGGAAAAGCCUCGUUUUGCCGACCUCACCCACUGUAUUUGUACCCCUGGACACAUCCGGGACGCCACAAUGCUCUCACCGAGGUUCCUGCUGCUGCGGUCGGCCGCGUCCGUGACGACCAGGUCGUUCUGCUCGGGAGGCGUUUCCAAGCCGGGCCGGGCGCCGGACAUGGCCGAAGGAGAUCCCCUUUUACACGUGUCUAACGUGCGGAACCGGCUGAGGGAGAUCGUGGGAGCUUCCACUAACUGGAGCGACCACCAGCAGGCCAUGUCGGAGCGCCUCUCGCUGUCGUCCAUGUUGGCGAAGUCCCAGAGCGACCUCCCGACCAAGAGGAUGAAGGACAGCUACCUGGAGGUGCACCUGCCUCUGGGCUCGGAACCACAGCUCAGAGAGAAGUACCUGACCUUCCACAACACUGUCAGGUUUGGGAGGAUCCUGGAGGACUUGGACAGUUUAGCAGUCCUCAUCUCCUACUCUCACACCUACAACGAGGCUCUGAAGAGGUCUCCUCUGUCCAUCGUCACCGCCCUGGUGGAUAAGAUCGACAUGAGGCAGCACAUCAUCUACCCCGACUGCGACGUCAAGUUCACCGGUCAUGUGACCUGGGUGGGAAAAACCUCUAUCGAAGCCAAGAUGCACAUGUCACAGUUCCACGAUGGGUCUUAUUCUCCGGUUCUGGACGCCACGUUUGUGAUGGUGGCCCGAGACCCCGAGAACAAGAGGGCGGCUUUCGUGAAUCCGCUGAAGCCGGAAGGUCCGGAGGAGGAGAAGCUCUUCCAGGAGGGAGAAGCUAACAAAGUGCGGCGCGUGGAGCUGAGCACGGCGUCGCUGCUGAAGGUGGCGCCCACGGACGAGGAGAGGAAGAUCGUACACGGCCUGUUCCUCAACACGCUGGACACAAAGACGGUCAGUUUCCGCAGCAGACUUCUGCCUCCGAGCUCGGUGUGGAUGGAAGACGCCAAGCUGAAGGGGCUGGAGAUCUGCCACCCUCAGGAGAGGAACAUCUUCAACAGGAUAUUCGGAGGCUUCCUGAUGAGGAAAGCCUACGAGUUGGGCUGGGCCAACGCCUGCUCCUACGGAGGAGUUCGACCCAGUCUGGUUGCCGUGGACGACAUCCUCUUCCAGAAGCCCGUGGAGAUCGGCUCCCUGCUGCUGCUCUCAUCUCAGGUGUGUUACACACAAGGGAAGCACAUCCAGGUCAGAGUUCACAGCGAGGUGUUUGACCCGUUGACCCGUCAGCACAACACCACCAACGUCUUCCACUUCACCUUUGUCUCCGACCGCGACGUCCCAAAGGUCGUCCCCAUGACCUAUGGAGAGUCGAUGUUGUAUCUGGACGGGAAGAGACACUUCAAUCAGACGGUGGAGGAGUGAACACGCUGCAUCGACCUGCCAAAGCCUUUCAUAGUGUGAAUGAAUGAAUGCACUUACAACAUACGUCCUCUUUACACCAUGCCUUUACACAACUUGUUAUUUUUAUUUUUCUGGUGGUUGAACUUUUUUGGUGCCAUUUGUGCUUCAAAUUCAUAUAUAUAUUUUUCUUAUAAGCACAUUUAUUGCUGAUUUGCAUUGCUUUUCAUCAUGUUAUGACAUUUAUAUUCUGCCGCUGCUUGGACGCACAAAACUCUGACUUUACUUUAAUUUCUUUGUUGAAUGAGAAGCUUUAUUCUGAAGGUGUUGCAGAGAGAGAUGACGGCGGCCACAUUCUGGCCUUCAGUAUAUUAACUCAAACGCAAUAAAUUAAUUGUUAUUUUUCUUCCCU